AUGCAAACUUUGAAUCGAUUCUUAUAUGGACCAACAGCGGAGGAGCGAGUUCGCGCGUGGCAAGGAAAGUUGCGACAAGAACAGCGUACCUUGGAUCGGGAGAUGAGGCAGCUAGAUGCCGUCACUAACAAAGCACGGCAGACGGUCAAGCAACUGGCUAAUAAAGGAGACAUCAAAUCUGCACGCAUACUGGCAAGAGAAGUUGUCCGGAGCAAUAGGCAGAAGGACCGUCUAUCUGUGAGCAAAGCACGGCUGGGCUCAAUAGCGACACAACUCAUGCAGCAAAUGGCUAUGGCAAAGGUCACCGGCUCGCUGCAGAAGUCGACCGAAAUCAUGAAGCUGUCGAAUGCUUUGAUCAAAUUGCCACAGAUCAGUCAGGUAAUGCGUGAAAUGAGCAUGGAGAUGACGAAGGCAGGUAUAUUGGAGGAAAUGAUGGAUGAUACACUCGAAAUGGAGGAUGACGAGGAGAUCGAGGAAGAAGCAGAUGCAGAGGUCGAUAAAGUGCUCUUCGACCUUACCAACGGGAAGUUGGGCCAGGCGGCAUCAGUUGAGACCGAGCUUCCAUCACUUCAGGACAAAGUGGACGAGGAGGAAACCGAGCGGGCUAUGGAGCAGUAUCGGCAACAACUGAAUGGGUUACUUAGUGGUUAG